UGAGAUGAUUCUAAAUGAAACCCCCACCGGUUGACGUGGCGGUGCUUUGGACCCACUACGGUACUACACAUAAGAACAAUUUCAAGAUAAAAGAAAAAAUUGCCAUGUGUUCACCCACCACUGAUCUCCUUUUGCCACCACAACAGAUACAGGGAUCAGUGUCUACAGCAGAGUGGACAGACGAGAAACACAGCAUGUUUCUUAACUCUAUGGAAGCAUCAUUUGUCCACCAAUUAUAUGACUUCAAGCAAACAUUCGCCUCAAUCACUAGACUCAAUGAGUCCCAUGAUUUAAAAACAAAUCCGUGGAUUCAGCACUACGGAUCUUCAAACAAACUAGGUGCUCCACAUGCUCCAAUUGUUCAUGCAGAGAUGUCGGAUCAGAACUUUGCCGAUGAAGAAGCUGAGGAGCAACAAAAGGAAAACAACAAAAGAGAUGUAAAAAGACUUAAAAGGACUUUGAUAAAUGAUGAUGCUGCUGCAGCAAUGAGAUACUGUAAAACAUAGUUUUAGUCGCUAUGGAUAUUGGAGAUGAGUGGGUUGAUAUCCAUUCAAAAUGUUGCUUCAGAUAUCCUUAACAAGUGUUGUAGAAUGUAGAGAUUAGAAUCGAGAGAAGCUAAGCUAAGCUUUUAAUGUGCAUGCUAGUAUUAGAAUCAUGAGAAAUUUAACUAUGAAUAUAUAUGCACACGCACUUAUGGUUA